AUGGCGGCGGAGGGAGGAGGGAAGGAGAUGAACGAGAUUAAGACCCAGUUCACUACCCGGGAGGGGCUGUACAAGCUGCUGAGCCACUCGGAGUACAGCCGGCCUAACCGGGUGCCCUUCAACUCGCAGGGCUCUAACCCGGUCCGCGUUUCCUUCGUUAACGUCAACGACCAGAGCGGCAACGGGGACCGGCUCUGCUUUAAUGUGGGCCGGGAGCUCUACUUUUACAUCUACAAGGGGGUCCGCAAGGUAUUGGGGCUUUACGGCCGCGCUAGUCCGCCAGCUGCCACUGGAGCUGCGGACUUGAGUAAACCAAUAGAUAAAAGGAUAUACAAAGGAACACAACCUACAUGCCAUGACUUCAAUCACUUAACAGCCACAGCAGAAAGUGUGUCUCUUCUAGUGGGCUUCUCUGCAGGCCAGGUCCAACUUAUAGACCCGAUUAAAAAAGAAACUAGCAAAUUAUUUAAUGAGGAAAGACUAAUAGACAAGUCCAGAGUAACCUGUGUAAAAUGGGUACCAGGUUCGGAAAGCCUUUUCCUAGUAGCUCAUUCGAGUGGCAAUAUGUACUUGUAUAACGUGGAGCACACUUGUGGUACCACAGCCCCGCACUACCAGCUUCUUAAACAAGGAGAAAGUUUUGCAGUUCACACUUGCAAGAGUAAAUCCACAAGAAACCCUCUGCUUAAAUGGACAGUAGGUGAGGGUGCCCUGAAUGAGUUUGCCUUUUCCCCAGAUGGGAAGUUCUUGGCGUGUGUGAGCCAGGAUGGUUUUCUUCGUGUGUUUAACUUUGAUUCGGUGGAAUUGCAUGGUACAAUGAAAAGCUACUUUGGAGGACUGCUCUGUGUGUGUUGGAGUCCUGAUGGGAAAUACAUAGUGACAGGUGGAGAGGAUGACUUGGUAACAGUUUGGUCUUUCGUGGACUGUCGAGUAAUAGCAAGAGGCCACGGACAUAAAUCGUGGGUCAGUGUUGUUGCGUUUGAUCCAUAUACCACUAGUGUAGAAGAGAGUGACCCGAUGGAAUUUAGCGGAAGUGAUGAGGAUUUUCAAGACCUUCAUUUUGGCAGAGAUCGAGCAAAUAGUACGCAAUCUAGGCUAUCCAAAAGGAACUCUACAGACAGUCGUCCAGUAAGUGUUACAUAUAGAUUUGGUUCAGUAGGCCAGGACACACAGCUCUGUUUGUGGGAUCUUACAGAAGAUAUCCUUUUCCCCCACCAACCUCUCUCAAGAGCAAGGACACAUACAAAUGUCAUGAAUGCCACAAGUCCACCUGCUGGAAGUGGUGGAACUAACCCAGGAAGUAAUGGAAACAGUAUCACAACACCUGGAAACUCUGUACCCCCUCCUCUUCCACGGUCAAACAGCCUUCCACACUCUGCAGUCUCAAAUGCUGGCAGUAAAAGCAGUGUCAUGGAUGGUGCCAUUGCUUCUGGUGUUAGUAAAUUUGCAACCUUAUCGCUACACGAUCGGAAGGAAAGACACCAUGAAAAAGAUCACAAGAGAAAUCAUAGCAUGGGACAUAUAUCUAGCAAGAGCAGUGACAAACUGAACCUAGUUACUAAAACCAAAACGGACCCAGCUAAAACUUUGGGAACACCUCUCUGUCCCCGAAUGGAAGAUGUUCCCUUGUUAGAGCCUCUUAUCUGUAAAAAGAUAGCACAUGAAAGACUGACUGUGUUAAUUUUUCUUGAAGACUGUAUAGUCACUGCUUGUCAGGAGGGAUUUAUUUGCACAUGGGCAAGGCCUGGUAAAGUGGUAAGUUUUAAUCCUUAA